AUGCCGCGAAGUGGGACGAAUUGGGAUAUUGAGGACGAUGCAUUUGCUCAUAACGUACUGCGGCAAUCCGAACUAAGACAGACGCCAAAGAAUUCCUCGCUGGCUAUGGACAAGAUCUUCCCAGGCGAUACUACAUUUAUACGCCACUGUGUUUCGUUUAUGAGUAUCCAAAUCCUAGCGAUCUAUAAAGGCCGGGAUUGCGCGAACGCUCCAUUUUCACCCAACAUCGAGUACUGUAUGAUUCUCUUCUGGCAGCAGUUCCAGGACUCCCUCAAGCUCAGCUGGCCGUUUGGUUUGGCAGACUGCUAUAGCGUCGACCCAGAUACAGGACGAUGCAUCCUCAUACCUGCUUUCCAGAAUCGCCCUGAAGGCAAAACCGCGUUAAGGACCUCAACGCCUGGAGAAUGUCGACGGACAUUUUGA